CCCGAGGUUUGCGGGAUUCGGCUGGGUUUGCAGCCGCCGCGGUAGCUGCUGCGCUUCAGUGCGCGGCGGGCGCCUAGCGAACCCCGGGCCGGGAGCCCGGAGCCAGCUGCCGGCUGCCGGCAGAGCUGCUGCGGCGGCGGCAUCUGAGUCCAUUUCCGUCCUACGAACGCUGAGACCGGAGGCCGGCGGCUUCUGCGCCCAGCAGGGCCCAGGGAGGAGCGGGUCAGACACUUUUUAUUUUAUUUUGGAAGAAAGGGGUGAGUCCCGGCGUGAGCUUCCCACCCGGCCUGGCUCGCUUAGUGCUCCCCAGCUCCGGUCCGGGCUCUGGAAGAUGACUUCGGGGUCCGCCCGGUGUCUACCAGCGGCUGAGGCUCGGGGAGGCAGCCGAAAGUAGAAACACUUGGUAGUAGCGGCUGGUGGAAAAGUGAGCCGAGGCACCGCGGACUCGGCUCUCCCCGCGCGCCGGCGCCCGCUGCUCUCGCUGCUCCUUCCCCUCGACUCCCCGGCGGCCGCAGCAUGAAGUGGCGCAGCGAUGGCCAGGAGAGGUAAGAAGCCUGUGGUGCGGACGCUGGAGGAUCUGACGCUGGACUCGGGUUAUGGUGGCGCGGCGGACUCGGUGCGCUCCUCCAACUUGUCCCUGUGCUGUUCCGACUCGCACCCGGCGUCCCCGUAUGGCGGGAGCUGCUGGCCGCCUCUAGCUGACUCCAUGCACAGCCGGCACAACAGCUUUGACACCGUCAACACUGCCCUGGUGGAAGACUCCGAGGGGCUGGACUGCGCCGGCCAGCACUGUUCGCGGCUGCUGCCGGACCUCGACGAGGUCCCCUGGACCCUCCAGGAGCUGGAGGCGCUGCUGCUGCGCUCGCGGGAUCCUCGGGCAGGCCUGGCGGCCCCCGGCGGCCUGCCCAAAGACGCGCUGGCCAAGCUGUCGACACUGGUGAGCCGGGCGCUGGUCCGCAUCGCCAAGGAGGCGCAGCGCCUGAGCCUGCGCUUCGCUAAGUGCACGAAGUACGAGAUCCAGAGCGCCAUGGAGAUAGUGCUGUCCUGGGGCCUGGCGGCGCACUGCACCGCGGCCGCGCUGGCCGCGCUCUCCCUCUACAACAUGAGCAGUGCCGGCGGCGACCGCCUGGGCCGCGGCAAGUCUGCGCGCUGCGGCCUCACCUUCUCUGUGGGCCGCGUGUACCGCUGGAUGGUGGACAGCCGCGUGGCGCUGCGCAUCCACGAACACGCCGCCAUCUACCUGACAGCCUGCAUGGAGAGCCUCUUCCGGGACAUCUACUCGCGGGUCGUGGCCUCCGGGCUGCCCCGGAGCUGCAGCGGCCCUGGCCCGGGCUCCAGCUCGGGCUCAGGCCCGGGCUCCGGCCCCGGCACGGCCACCGCGGCGGAUAAGGAGCGGGAGGCACCCGGAGGGGGAGCGGCGAGCGGCGGCGCCUGCAGCGCAGCCAGCAGCGCAGGGGGCAGCAGCUGUUGCGCCCCGCCGGCGGCCGCUGCCGCCGCCGCAGCCCCACCGGCCGCCGCUGCCGCCGCCAACCACCACCAUCACCACCACCACGCACUCCACGAGGCGCCCAGGUUCACCGUGGAGACGCUGGAGCACACGGUCAACAACGACUCCGAGAUCUGGGGGCUCCUGCAGCCCUACCAGCACCUCAUCUGCGGGAAGAAUGCCAGCGGAGUGCUGUGCCUGCCAGACAGCCUGAACCUUCACAGGGACCCGCAGCGGCCGAACAAGCCGGGGGAACUGCCCAUGUUCAGCCAGUCGGAGUUGAGGACCAUCGAGCAGUCCUUGCUGGCCACCCGGGUGGGCAGCAUCGCGGAACUGAGUGACCUGGUGUCCCGAGCAAUGCAUCACCUGCAGCCCCUCAACGCCAAGCACCACGGCAACGGCACCCCCCUGCACCACAAGCAGGGGGCGCUCUACUGGGAGCCGGAGGCCCUGUACACUCUCUGCUAUUUCAUGCACUGUCCGCAAAUGGAAUGGGAAAAUCCCAACGUGGAGCCUUCCAAAGUCAACCUUCAGGUGGAAAGCAGCCAUGCUGGACCGAAUGGCGGCACUGGGGUCAAGCUCUCCUGGUCCUCAAGGACCACUUCCUGGGGAAGCCACUGCACCCAACUGACCGUCUCUCCCUUCCUUAGGGCCGACGACUGCUUUUGUGCUUCUCGGAAGCUGGAUGCAGUGGCCAUCGAAGCCAAGUUUAAGCAGGACCUGGGCUUUCGGAUGCUGAACUGUGGACGGACGGACCUGGUGAAGCAGGCAGUGUCUCUGCUGGGGCCCGACGGCAUCAACACCAUGAGCGAACAGGGCAUGACCCCCCUGAUGUACGCCUGUGUCCGUGGGGACGAGGCGAUGGUUCAGAUGCUGCUGGAUGCCGGAGCUGACCUGAAUGUCGAGGUUGUCAGUACUCCUCAUAAAUACCCAUCCGUCCACCCCGAGACCCGCCAUUGGACGGCUCUGACUUUUGCUGUGUUGCAUGGACAUAUUCCUGUAGUUCAGCUGCUCCUGGACGCCGGGGCCAAGGUGGAAGGCUCCGUGGAGCAUGGCGAGGAGAACUACUCAGAAACACCCCUCCAGCUGGCCGCCGCCGUAGGAAAUUUUGAGCUGGUUAGUUUGCUGUUGGAGCGUGGUGCGGAUCCCCUAAUAGGAACCAUGUACAGGAAUGGAAUUUCUACCACCCCCCAGGGUGAUAUGAACUCUUUCAGCCAGGCUGCAGCCCACGGACACAGGAAUGUGUUCCGCAAACUGCUCGCUCAGCCAGAGAAGGAGAAGAGUGAUAUCCUGUCCCUGGAGGAGAUUCUGGCCGAGGGGACUGACCUGGCGGAGACAACCCCGCCUCCCCUGUGUGCCAGCCGCAACAGCAAGGCCAAACUGAGAGCCCUGAGGGAGGCCAUGUAUCACAGCGCUGAGCAUGGCUACGUGGAUGUCACAAUUGAUAUCAGGAGCAUAGGGGUCCCGUGGACACUGCACACGUGGUUGGAGUCUUUGCGGAUCGCCUUCCAGCAACACCGCAGGCCUCUCAUCCAGUGCCUGUUGAAGGAGUUCAAGACCAUCCAGGAGGAAGAGUACACAGAGGAGCUCAUUACCCAAGGCCUGCCCCUGAUGUUUGAGAUCUUGAAAGCAAGCAAGAACGAGGUCAUCAGCCAGCAGCUCUGCGUCAUCUUCACCCACUGCUACGGGCCCUACCCCAUCCCCAAGCUCACGGAGAUCAAGCGCAAACAGACCUCGCGCCUGGAUCCUCAUUUCCUUAACAAUAAAGAAAUGUCCGACGUUACCUUUCUGGUAGAAGGAAGACCGUUUUAUGCUCACAAAGUGCUGUUAUUCACGGCCUCUCCCAGGUUCAAAGCGCUUCUGUCCAGCAAACCAACAAAUGACAGCACUUGCAUAGAGAUCGGUUAUGUGAAGUACCCCAUCUUUCAGCUGGUCAUGCAGUAUCUCUACUAUGGUGGCCCAGAGUCCCUGCUCAUUAAAAACAACGAGAUAAUGGAGCUUCUGUCUGCCGCUAAAUUUUUCCAGCUGGAGGCUUUGCAGCGACACUGUGAGAUUAUCUGCGCAAAGAGCAUUAACACUGACAACUGUGUGGAUAUUUACAAUCACGCCAAGUUUCUCGGAGUCACAGAGCUCUCAGCAUACUGCGAAGGCUACUUUCUCAAAAACAUGAUGGUCCUCAUCGAAAACGAAGCCUUCAAGCAGCUCCUCUAUGACAAAAAUGGCGAAGGGACGGGCCAGGAUGUGCUCCAGGACUUACAGAGGACGUUGGCCAUCAGGAUUCAGUCAAUCCACUUGUCCUCUUCCAAAGGUUCUGUCGUAUGAAACGUCCAGGGCAGGGAACGGUCCCCGGGGACUUUCCAGAUCCUGCUGGGGCGUUGGCUUUACACAAACACAUACCAAGUUCACUGGCGUCUGUUUUUGGCGAGGCCAAGGAGCUGUCUCUACUGCCUCAGCUUCUCUCGAAUAAGCAAUUUCAGCUCCCGUGCGUUCCUGUUGAAAAACAAAGGACAUGCCAUCGGUCUGCAGAUCAGAUGGCUGCGGGGUCCAGAGCUCGAAGGUCAACCUGGGGCAGCCAAGCCAAGCCCAUCGGAAAGCACCCCUGGGGUGGUCAAACACCCGCCGGGACCACCGCCCAAUGGAUGAAUUGAGGACUAAAGGUCGUUUGGGUUGCCGGUUGACAGCUGGAGAACGUAGGUGGUCUGACCCUGACAAGCGUUGUGUUCCCAUGAAGGACCUUCGUCACUGCAGUUCAGGGAGAGUCAGCCAUGGUAGCACAUUCGCGAGACUGUUACCAGUAACGAAGAAAUAAUUCGGCAAAUUUUUAGGGGUGGGAACUUUUUAAAAUGUUCAUAACAAAACAAAAAAACAGGGCAGCCUUGUAGUUUAAAAUCUAUUUCUAAAAGCUUAACAGUUCAUUUUCAAUUGAAUUGUGUUUAGGGAUCUGUGUUUUGAGUUUUGUUUUGUUUUUUUUGUUUUUUUAAAAAAAAACAGUAAGUUGCAGGUCUAUACUGUAUAAACACGCAUCUGACAAGAUAUUGCUGAUAUUCUCUACAAGGUAAAAUAAUCUUGCCUUAGUGAUCAUGGUUACACAAAUGAGGUGCACUGCCAAUAAUUAUCUCUAACUCGAUAGUUGAAAACAACGUGCAUGCUAAUCGUGAUUUCGGGGUGAGAAUAAAACACCCCCACAUAACAAAACAUGCAUUUGCAUGGGCCCGAACCAGUGAAAUGUUACGUUUGUGCUUCGUUUUUGCCAAGGUAAAAAUGUUCCAUCACUUCCUGCUAAAAAUCCAUUUGGUGAGAACUGUAACAUACUCCUUUCCUUUAGCAAUGAUUCUGAGAUGCUUUUGCAGAAAUGUGUUCAUAGAUGACGCUGAUGGGGGGUGGGGAGGGCGCACGUCAGAGAAUUUACUAUUCAUCCCAAAGUUUUCUCUGUAUUCUCAGAAGAUGUUAAUAGUUUGUUACUAGCCAGAGAAUAUGACUAUGUUAGAUUAUUUUUAAAGAUGAAACAUGUAUGAUAGGAAGGAUUCUUUCUGUAUUCCGAGAAUGUACAGGAUUAUCUAUAAUGAAAGUUUAUAUCGACGGGGUUCCGUGUUGCUCUGCCAUAUAUUAUAAGCAAAAGAGAUCGGUGAAGUGCCACAAUGUUCCAAGUAAUUUUUUGAGUUGCUGCCUUUUUUUCUUCCUUGUCCUUUAAUUUGAAACCUAGCUAGAAACGAGAAUGACUUUCACCCUUUGGGAUUGGCAAAGUUUCAUUGGUAAACCUCUUUCCUAGCAUGCCUUUGGGAAGUUGUGCACAGUCCCCAGCUGCUGUCACCCGUCGUACUUGCUCCCUGAGCCACCGUCCAGAGGACUAAUGCCAAGUUACGUGGGUAUGACCCAUGGAGCGCCUGGGCCGCGUCUGCCUGCAGCACUGGCCCUGAAGUGAUUUGAAUCCACGAGGCCUCUCUCCUACUUGGUCAUCUGCAAACCUCCCCAGGCCCUGCCAUCAGAUGGAGGCCACGUUCUAGAAGCUACACAGCCCGUGCGUGAGUCACCGCCGCCUCCUGCUUCCUCUGUGUCCUCAGAAAGGCUGUGUGAUGUCCCCUUCACCACGACUGAUUUCCCUGCGAAUGUCUUAUGCUAGUUUGGGGCCUCUGGCCUUCGAUUUGUACAGUGGCAACUCCCGACGGGCUUCUGUUAUGUUCGGUGUGUGCUUUCUGUCAUUAAAUGAUUUUCCCAAGCCGUG